CCCUCCUCUCUCUCUCCAUGAAGGCAGAAAGAAAGGAGAAGAACAACACCGCUGUUGCGACCUCUCCUCUUCUUCCUCUCAAUGUCUCGCUCGAUGCGAUUCUAAAACCCUAGAGAUCGCUAUUGCCUCGAAAAUUCUCCAAUCUGCUUCGCGCGAUAGAUAUCGCCGCCUCUGAUUCGUCAUAGGUUCGAGGCGGGAUUGCUCGUUUCUGGCAUUAAGGUAGGUCUAGUGGUUUCUUGCCGCGGAUUUCGGGUUUGGAUCAGGACGGGGAAGCGACGGCCGCCGCUGGCGGCGCCGGCGGAUGGCGUUGUUCAGGAGGCUCUUUUACAGGAAGCCACCGGAUCGGCUUCUGGAGAUCACCGAUCGGGUUUACGUGUUUGACUGCUGCUUUUCUUCGGAAACCAUGGAAGAAGAUGAAUAUAAGGAUUACAUGGAUAAAAUUUUUUCCCAGCUUCAGGGUUAUUAUUCUGAUGCUUCAUUCAUGGUAUUUAACUUCAGAGAGGGUGAAAGGAAGAGCCAAAUUUCAGGAAUCUUAUCCCUAUAUGACAUAAUUGUCAAGCAUUACCCUCGUCAAUAUGAAGGGUGUCCACUGCUUCCUUUGGAGAUGAUCCAUGAAUUCUUAAGGUUGAGUGACAACUGGCUUACAUUAGAAAGGCAGCAAAAUGUCUUGCUGAUGCAUUGUGAGAGAGGCGGAUGGCCUGUGCUUGCAUUUAUGCUUGCAGGUCUUCUGAUCUACAGGAAACAGUACAGUGGAGAACAGAGGACUCUGGAAAUGGUGUAUAAGCAAGCUCCUAAGGAGAGCCUCCAUCUCUUGUGUCCCUUGAACCCUCAAUCUUCUCAUUUGAGAUAUCUUCAAUACAUAUCCAAAUCAGACAGUGGAUCAGAAUUGCCUCUGCAUGAUGUUCCCUUUAUUUUGGAUUGCCUAAUCCAGACUGUUCCAAACUUUGACCGGGAAGGGGGCUGCAGGCCAGUAGUUCGUGUCUAUGGUCGGGACCCCUCAACCUCAUCUGACAGAAGUUCCAAGGUUCUUUUUUCAACUUCAAAGACUAAGAAGCAUGUUUGCCACUUCAGCCAGGAGGACAAUGCACCAAUAAAAAUAAAUGUUCGUUGCUCUGUUCAAGGGGAUGUGGUCCUUGAAUGCAACCAUAUGGAUGAGGAUCUGAAGGAUGAGGAGAUGGUGUUCAGGGUUAUGUUCAACACAGCCUUUAUUCAAUCUCAUAUUUUGCUGCUGACCCUUCAGGAUAUUGAUAUUGCUUGGGAUGCUCAGGACCAGUUCUCAAAGGACUUCAAAGCAGAGGUACUCUUUUCAGACUUUGAAGCUGAGUCAGAUAUCAACAUAGAAGCGGUAGCUGAAGAUGAGGAUGCGAUGGAAGUUGCUUCAACAGAGGAGUUCUUUGAGGCAGAAGAGAUUUUCAGCAAUCCAGAAUGGCAGGAUGGACACAGAGAUCUAGACAUCCAGACAGCUCUUUUCACAAAUACACUAAGUGAUGUAAGUCCCAGAUCUGAAGUGUCAUAUCUGGAUGCUGAAGUGAGAAGAGGCUUAGAAUUUAGCGACCCUGAAAAAGACUUGAAUAUCAUUAAGAACCAAGAAGUAACGACAAUGGAUGACACAAGUAGCAUGCUUCAUACCCCAACGGAGAGAAACAUGCAUACCAGCUAUGUCAAACAUGAUAUAAAUCUUGUAACCAAGGUAACAGGUACCUUAGACAAGAUGAUCGUCGAAGCAGAUUGCCCAGCUUUGACAAUUGAAGAGAAGAGUACAUUAGAUAAUUCCAAACAGGAUAUGGAGCAGAUUGUUGACAUAGCAGUUGAGGAGAUGACUGCAUCGGAAAUUAGUAAUUUCAAACAUAAUAUUGAAGGACAUGUAACAAGAAUUACUUCAGAUGAUAUGGAUUGUAAAUUAGAAAUACCAAUAUUGGAAGAUGAGGGAAAGAGCACAUUAGAAAUCAGAGUUUCCAAAAAGGAUGCAGAGAAGAAUUUUACUGAAAAGAAAUCAAUUCUGGAUGAAGAGAGCCCUAAGUUUGAGACACCUAGGGUAGGACAUGAUGUAUGGUACAAACUAGAGACCAGUGAUUCCAGCAAGGAAACAGAAAAUGCUGUGACUGAAAAUGGGGGGGAGCCUAGCAUUAUGUAUGAGAGAAUGGAGUUUGAUUUUCAAAAACAAGAAUAUGAGAAGUUCGAGCCUUCGAUGUCAGAGGAACUACAAGCAAGUAGUAUGAAACCACCUUCAAGUUCAUUCUUGUCUGAACAAAGGAUUGAACAGCAGGAAUAUCUAAGUAAUAACACAGAAUGGAUCCCUCCAAUACAAGGCUCUGAUGCUACUUUUGUGCAUGUGCCACCUCAUCCUGAUUUGGAAUUUCCUUCAAUUUCUCAAGAUCAUGUUGCUGGAAAAAUUGAAAAUGGUCCAAUUCCUUCUUUGACAAGUACAAUUAUAGCUUAUGCAUCUCCAACAACUCAAUCAUCACCAACUAAUAUGCCUUCUACAAGUUUCAUUUACAAUUUUUCACCUUUUUCAUGUCCUCCUCCUCCACCUUUGCCUCUAUCCUUGGAAACAAGAGAAGCACUCCAAGCCCCUUCCCAUUCUCCACCACCACCACCUCCUCCCCCUUUUGGGACCACAAUGAUUGCUUCUUUUUUUCAUCCCUCUCGUUUAGCUCUAUCUUCCCAAAUGGAAGUAACCCAUCAAUCUCUUAUUCCUAUUCCACCCCCACUUCCUCCAACAUAUAGUACAAUUACCACAAUUGCUCCGUUAUCUCCACCAUUGCCUCUCCAACCUCCACUUGUAUGUGCAGUUCCAUCUCCUCCCCGACCACCUCCAUCUCCACCUCCACCUCCACCUCCACCACCCUUGCAUCCAAGAGCAUCCUCCAAAAGCCUACCUCCUUCCCCUUUGCCUUUAGGCCCAAUAACAUCUCCAAAGGAUGGUUCCCUCCCUUUUCCUCAGCCUAUGACCAAAAAAGCAGCCACUAGCUACUCCCCUCCUCCCCCUCCAUCAUUUGUCCACUCAAGAUCAUCCACCAAAGUUCCCCCACCCCCACCCCCUCCCAUUUGGAAUAAAUCAGGCAUGGCAUCGUCUCCAUCAAUAACAUACCAAGGAGUAAUAUCUCAAAACUCCCCUCUUUCCCUUAGGUCUCCUCUUUUUCAGCAUGGUGUUGGUGGAUCAAUUACUUCCUCACCACCUCUUUCACCAUCUAAAAGGGAUGUAGUUGUCACAAAAGACCCUCCAACAUCUCCACCCUCGCCACUUUUAGUGACUUCAUCUAAUCUUUCAGAAAAUAUGAUCACCACAUCCCCUAUUCCAACUUCUCCCCCUUCCAUGCAUACAGAAGCUUUGUUUCCACCUUCAUCCUUAAGAGCUUGUGUAGAAACUCCACCUCAACUGCCACCUCAUAAACUACAUUUAGGGCCUCCACCACCACCACCACCCCCUCCCUCUCCCCCUCCCUUUACGAGCGUGGCUUGGAGGAGCUCCAACUCCACCCCCACCCCCACCUCCACCUUCCAAAGCUUAUGGAGUUCCACCACCACCACCUUGCCCACCCUUGAGAGGGCAGGUAGGAGCUCCACCUCCACCUCCACCUCCACUCCACCUCCACUCCCUAGAGCUCAUGGAGGAGUUCCACUGCCACCUCCUCCCCCUUCCUCUAAAGAGCAUACAGGAGCUCCACCAUUGCCCCAUCCUUCUUUCUUUGGAGAGCAUAUAGGAGCUCCACCACUGAUCCCGCCCCCAGCCUCUAGGGCUCAUGGAGGAGUUCCUCCACCACCCCCUCCCCCUUUUCAUAGAGGACAUGUGGGAGCUCCACCACCAGUCCUGGCCCCAGCCCCUAGGGCUCAUGGAAGAGUUCCAUUAUCAUUAUCUUCUGCUAUACCUGAAGAACAUGCAGGAGCUCCACGGCCACCACCACCCCCACCCCCCAGGGCUGAUGGAGGGGUUUUGCUACCACCUCCACCCUUUGGAAGAGUUUCAUUAUCAUUACCUUCCGCUGUACCUAGAGGAUAUGUGGGAGCUCCACCGCCACCACCACCGCCACCCCCUAAGGCUAAUGAAGGAGUUUUGCUACCACCUGCACCCUCUAGAGUAUGUGGAGGACCUCCACCUCCGCCUCCACCUCCACCGGCACCGGCACCACCUAGAGGGCGUGGAGGUGCUCCACCUCCACCACCACCUCCUGGAGCAUAUGGAGGAGCUCCACCACCACCACCUCCUCCUGGAGGACAUGGAGGAGCUCCACCUCCACCACCUCCCCCUCGAGGGCAUGGGGGGACUCCACCUCCACCACCUCCUCCAGUAGGAUGCGCACCUGCCCCUCCAGCUCCUCCUAGGACCCCUGGUGCUCCUCCACCUCCUCCAGGUGCACCUGGUGCUCCUCCACCUCCUCCAGGUGCACUUGGUUCUCAAGCUGGCAUAAGAGGCUUAUCACCUAAUUCCCUGGUUGGGGGAAGGGGCCAUGGGCUUUCACGUUCUGCAGGGCCAGGUCCACCUACAUCAACUCGAAGAUCAUCACUAAAGCCAUUGCAUUGGGUCAAAGUAACAAGAGCGAUGCAAGGAAGCUUAUGGGCAGAACUACAAAAACAUGCCGAUGCUCAUAGUACUUCAGAAUUUGAUGUACAAGAACUUGAGUCACUCUUCUCUGCGGUGGUUCCAAAAUCAAAAGAUAGUUCUAAGUUAGGAGGGCGUAGCAAAUCUGCUGGAUCUAAAUUGGAUAAAGUUCACCUGAUUGAUCUAAAGCGGGCCAAUAACACUGAAAUCAUGCUGACAAAAAUCAAGAUGCCUCUAUCUGAUAUGAUGAAUGCUGUUCUAGCGCUGGAUGAUUCAAUUCUAGAUGCUGAUCAAGUAGAAAAUCUCCUAAAGUUCUGUCCAACAAAAGACGAGAUGGAGCUUCUUAAGGGCUACACUGGCAACAAGGAGAACCUUGGAAAAUGCGAGCAGUACUUCUUAGAGUUGAUGAAAGUGCCACGGGUUGAAUCUAAGUUAAGAGUGUUUGCUUUCAAGAUUCAGUUUGGGUCUCAGAUCUCAGAUAUUAGAAAGAAUUUGUACACUGUAGAUGCUUCAUGUGAAGAGGUUAGGGGAUCUGACAAGCUAAAGGAAAUCAUGAAGAAAAUUCUAUAUCUUGGGAAUACACUAAACCAGGGAACAGCAAGAGGUUCAGCUAUUGGUUUCCGUUUGGACAGCCUUCUUAAACUGACAGAUACUCGUGCUACUAACAAUAAAAUGACAUUAAUGCAUUAUUUGUGCAAGGUCCUUGCUGAAAGGUCACCAUAUCUUCUAGACUUUCAUGAUGAUCUUGGCAGCUUGGAAGCUGCAUCAAAGAUACAAUUGAAGUUUUUGGCUGAAGAACAACAAGCCCUUGUUAAAGGGUUAGAGAAAGUUGAGCUGGAGCUGACUGCUUCAGAAAGCGAUGGCUCCAUAUCAGAAAUUUUCCGCAAGACUUUGAAGGAGUUCACUGCUCUUGCUGGAGCUGAAGUGCGAUCGCUGACAUCACUUUAUAAUGCAGUGGGUAAAAAUGCAGAUGCACUUGCCUUGUAUUUUGGUGAAGAUCCUGCACGCUGUCCCUUUGAGCAAGUUAUUACUACUCUCCUGAAUUUUGUGAAGAUGUUUCGGCGGGCCCAUGAGGAGAACUGCAAGCAGGCUGAACUUGAGAAGAAGAAAGCUCAGAAAGGGGCUGAAAUGGAGAAAUCAAAAGAUGUGAGCCCAGGAAAAUGAAAUUGCUAGAUGAUCUCUACUUUGCUCUCUUUGGCAUGUGAGUUCGAUUUUUUUGUGCUUGAGAAAUCCAUGUUCUCGUAUUUGGCGAUCCAAGAUUUUGCACGGGGCAUGAUGAUUACAUAACUGGGGCAACUUCUGCUCCGAAUAUUGCAUCAAAAGCACCAUGCAGGUUAACUUGCAAUGGUACUUUUCAGACCAGUGCUGAUCCCUGACUGGCUCAUGCGGCCUCUGAUUCAAUACUCUGACCUAUGUAUAAAGCUAACCCCACGGUCAUUCUAUUCUUUUUGUAUAGUUUCUGUUUAUUCCAUUUCCCCUUGUUUAGAUGCAAGCCGGAAUAGGUUAGAAGCUGUUGUACAGUAGCAAUGAAAGAAAUGUGAAAGCAGGAAAUGUGCCUUUUCCCCUUAGUAAGUAGGUCACACAGAGAAAUAUCUUUAUAUUGUAUCCUCAUGAGUAAUUUUGUAAUUCAAGAUAGCUCAGGCAGUGAGAAGUAAAAUUUUGUUGCUCAUGAUGCCUUUUUUCCUUCUUCCUUUCAUCUUCGUCUUCUUCUGCCAUCAAUAUUGAGACUUCGGGCUUCAAAGAAUGCUAACUUCAGUUCAUGUAGGCUCGUUUAAUGCACAGCAAGUGGUAUGCAAUGCUGAUAUUUCAUGAUACAAUGUGGUAUGGUAAGUAUUUCAUUUAUGUUAACAACAGUCAUUGCUAUUGGUCAAAUGAUAAAUGUUUGUCAUGUCCUUUUUCUGUGUGCACUGACAGUUGUACAAAGAUUAAUCUAACAGGGUAAGUUACAAUUCUUCUUUGUUUUUGCAUUAUAUUUUAUCUUGGUAAAAAUUCUAAACUUUGCCAUUGUAAUGUAUGCUAUAUGACACUAUGUUAUUUACACAGAUUAAAUCACAGUGAUAGGCUACUCUGGUAUUUCUGUUUCAAUAUGUGUAUGCACACACGCAUGUGUAUAAUAUCCAUUAUUUACUUCUAAUAUAUGAAAAUUUGGUAUGUAUUCAAGUCUGAAUGCAGCAUUCAUAUCAUCCCUAUUUCUUUUUUUUUGAAAAUUAUUUUAUUAAAGAAGAGGAGGGUCACGAAGCAUGUCACUUGUGCUUUUAGAUCUCUGCCUCACCUUGUUUUGUGUGAGUUUUUCAUUCUAUGCUUCUACAUCUUAAGAUAUGCUAGAACUUUGAACUACAGCAGCAAGCAAUUCAUAAUUUUUGCAUUUUUCAGAGCUUUGGAGAAGGAAUCAGUAUGUGAAAGUGAGGUGGUCAUUGCUUGUAUAAAUCUAUAUAAAAAACCAUUGCAUCAAAAGUUUGUCCUUUCUUUUUCUUUUUUGUAGAAGUCCUUUCCUUUUUAGUUGACUUAUCUUCACUUAAAAAAUAUGCAACCAGGAAGUUAUUUUUGUUGUACUUUAAUUAAUAGGGUUAUGAACAUAACAAUGUACACCUAAGCCUUCUAUGCAUUGAUGAUGAUAUAUGCACUGUUAGUUUACCUGCGGUUGGUUGGUCGCAAUUGCAAAUUCUGCAACUGAGUUGUAGACUUUCCAAAAGACUGUUUGGAUGCUUGCCCUUAAAUUGCAAGCAUUCAAAAUACCUGUUUGCUUGCCUAAAAUUGCUACUGCAAGUUAUAUUUGAAUUGCCAAAAAU